AUGGCCCUAACUUCGUUGAUUGACCACAUCGUAAUUGCUGUAACGUCGCGGCUCCACGAAACAGUUUAUUCGUUAUAUCGUUUUUUUCGUCGACUUAUUUAUGCGAGUGAUAUAAAGCAAGGAAAAUUGUUUAUCGAUAUGAAGAACGGUGACGUACUGGUCAAAAUGAAACAACAGUAUAUCGUUAGACGACGAUGGUCAAGAAUAGUCGGAUCAAGAAUGAAAUUGUUCCACGCUGCAUUAAUAGUAUUAUUGCAAAAGUGCAAAGUGAGACCCUGGUAUUUGAGUGGUUCGAGUUGUACUCUGCUUGUUUGUGUACCACUUGCUUAUCGGUACUCUCCAAAAGGAUCGGGACGAUUGGUUUUCGCGAGUCGUGAAGCGUACCUUUUAGCUCUUGCUUUUCGUUACUUUACAUUAACCAUAACUGAUGGUCGAAAAGUCAUACUGGAACUGAGACCAUACAUGCUCGAUCGAAUGUUGUGUGAGAUUUGUUACGAAGCUGCCGGUGUUUACUUGUGCCCUUAUCUUCCUUGUUUCCUCUACUAUUGUGUUUCAUGCUGGAAUUUCACCCAUCAAUACAACGGUAUGACGGGUCACAAACCGGUAUCAAAAAGAAACCUCAGAUUUUUCAAAUAG